AUGUUUUUUAAUUUCAUUUUCUUCCUUGAUUCAUUUUGUCUUUCUUUCUUUCUUUCUUUCUUUUCUUUCUUUCUUUCUUACUUUUUUCUUUCAUUUAUUCUUUCUUUCUUUCUUUCUUUCCUUCUUUCUUUCUUUCUUUCUUUCUUUCUUUCGUUCGUUCGUUCGUUCUUUUCUAAUUUCCGUUUCGCAUUAUCUCCUAUGGUUUUUAAUUUCAUUUUCUUCCUUGAUUCAUUUUGUCUUUCUUUCUUUCUUUCUUUCUUUCUUUCUUUCUUACUUUUUUCUUUCUUUCAUUUAUUUUUUCUUUCUUUAUUUCUUUCUUUAUUUCUUUCUUUCUUUUGUUCUUUCUUUCCUUCUUUCUUUCUUUCUUUCUUUCUUUCGUUCGUUCGUUCGUUCUUUCUUCUUUCAUUCUUUUCUAAUUUCCGUUUCGCAUUAUCUCCUAUGUUUUUUAAUUUCAUUUUCUUCCUUGAUUCAUUUUGUCUUUCUUUCUUUCUUUCUUUCUUUCUUUCUUUCUUUCUUACUUUUUUUUUCUUUCAUUUAUUCUUUCUUUCUUUCUUUCUUUCUUUCCUUCUUUCUUUCUUUCUUUCUUUUGUUCUUUCUUUCUUUCUUUCUUUCUUUCUUUCUUUCUUUCUUUCGUUCGUUCGUUCUUUCUUCAUUCAUUCUUUUCUAAUUUCCGUUUCGCAUUAUCUCCUGUAUUUUUCAAAUUUUUUCUUCCUUUCUUCUUUUUUCUUUCUUUCUCUAUCGAUAUAUUUUUCUUUCUUUACUUUUCUCCUUUUUUUUCUUUUCGCUUUUUUCUUUCAUUCUCUUUUCCUCUUUUCCCCUCUUUCAUUCAUCCAUUCAUUCUUUCUUUCUUUUUUCACUGCAUAUUUCUUAUUUUCAUUUGAUUUUCUUUUUUUUCAUUUUUUUCUUUUAUUUUCCUUAGCUUUCUCUUUCUUUCUUUCUUUCUUUCUUUCUUUCUUUCUUUCUUUCUUUCUUACAUUUUUCUUUCUUUUUUGUUAG